AUGCGUCGUUUUGCUUUCCUGUUUACAAGUCCAAUCCCAAACAGCGAUGCAUAUGAAGAGUACAAUUCAAACGUUAUCUUAUCAAAUUUGAUUCCGAUUCGACCAUGUGAGCAUGCAGAACUAGGUCAAAGACAAGAAAAAGAAUUUUUUAAGCGAUUGUUUAGUUGUGGAAA